AUGUGUGCUCGUGCUGCUGGCGUGUGUCUCUUUCAGACAAGAGACCCUCUCACUACCAGGAGGCAGUUAAAACAUUCUGUGAAGAGUAACCAGUGGAUCAUACAACUGCUGGUUGACGAGCAGUACCAGAGGCUGCUGGCGACACAUCAGGAUGGCGUACACAUCAUCAGUCUUAGAAAUGGAAAUGAAGAACACGUGCUACCCAACAAACACAGCAGCUCGUUGACUUGCUCUGCUGUUUCCAACCGUCUCGGAUAUCUUUUUACCGCUUCCGGGGAUGGAUCGAUCAACGUUUGGUCCGGAAGUACUGGCACGUUUAACUUGAUACACACUUUACAUGGUCAUACGAGCACUGUGACAGGUCUCUUGGCGCAUCCCGUGGAGUCAGUUAUUAUUACAUCGUCUCUGGACGGCUCUAUCUGUAUGUGGAAACUGGAUACAAUGGAAGAGCGUAAUCGCUACGACUUUGGAGUUCAAAUUGAAGAACUACAUUUAGUAGGAACCAACCGCCUUUUCUGCAAAACGAAAGACUACAUCUACGUUUGCCAUCUAACCUUGUGUCAAGGUCUAGUUGAUGUUGUGUACGCACGAAGGGAAGACCGGAUGUUUGCUUUACUUGCAACACAUCAGGUUCUGGUACUGGAUUGUAAGACAAACCCAAGCACAACACUACAGAUGUGGAAUCCGUCAACCAAAGACGACACUCCUCUGUGCAUCUCGCUGCUUGACAGACUUGACGACUUGGUUGAAGCAGACAUUCUAAAUCAAAUUGAUUCAACGACGCCGUUAUUGUUUGCGGGUCACAAAACGGGAAAAAUAUCAUUGUUGUUUGGUGGAGGAACGUCGCUGUUUGACAGCGUGAAGGCUCAUCAAGAAGAAGUGGUCAAAUUGGUGGUUUCCUCUAGUUUGGAGAAAGACAGCGAAGACGGACAGAUGCUGUCGGUUGGAACUGAUAUGCAAUUAAAAAUGUGGAGACUAGAAACCAACGAGAGACUAACAUCUCGAUCGGGUCUCUCUUUACAGCUCAGUUGCGUUGCAAACAUAUCCGUGUCAAGCGUACCCCGACAUUGUGUGUUGGUACGCAACACUGUGGCUGUCAUUCAGAACAAGUGA